GGGGAGCCCCGGGAGCGCGAGCCGCGGCCGGUGUCGCUGCAUAGCCGAGCAAAUUCCGAGCCCCGGCAGCAGAUGAGGAGAGGGGAGCCCAAAGUACCUGACAUAAGAAGUAGAGCUGAGAUGCAAACCCAGGGCACCAUAUUUGUAUGUCCUGUGGAAGCCACGCCUGGAAAUGCUGACCGCAGGCUUCAGGACAGCUGAGCCCCACUAGACACCAAGAAAACCCACAGCUCUGGUUGCAUCUUUCAACAUGACCAAUCCACAGCCUGCCAUAGAAGGAGGAAUUUCCGAAGUAGAGAUCAUCUCCCAGCAAGUGGACGAAGAAACCAAGAGCAUUGCUCCCGUGCAGCUGGUGAACUUUGCCUAUCGGGAUCUGCCCCUGGCUGCGGUUGACCUCUCCACAGCGGGCUCGCAGCUCCUGUCAAAUUUGGACGAAGAUUACCAAAGGGAAGGGUCUAACUGGCUGAAGCCGUGCUGUGGGAAGAGAGCAGCCGUGUGGCAGGUAUUUUUGCUCAGUGCAAGUCUCAACAGUUUCCUGGUAGCCUGUGUAAUAUUGGUGGUGAUUCUCCUGACUCUGGAACUUCUAAUAGAUAUAAAGCUUCUCCAGUUUUCCAGUGCAUUCCAAUUUGCUGGUGUAAUUCACUGGAUCAGUCUGGUCAUUCUCUCUGUGUUCUUCUCAGAGACCGUUCUGCGGAUUGUGGUCCUUGGGAUCUGGGAUUACAUCGAAAACAAAAUAGAGGUGUUCGACGGAGCCGUGAUCAUUCUGUCCUUGGCCCCGAUGGUGGCUUCCACUGUGGCCAACGGGCCCAGGAGCCCCUGGGACGCCAUCAGCCUCAUCAUCAUGCUCCGAAUCUGGCGGGUGAAGAGAGUCAUCGACGCUUACAUCCUGCCAGUGAAGGUGGAGCUGGAGAUGGUCAUCCAGCAGUAUGAGAAGGCCAAGGUCAUCCAGGACGAGCAGCUGGAGAGGCUGACGCAGAUCUGUCAGGAGCAAGGGUUUGAGAUCCGGCAGCUUCGCGCGCACCUGGCGCAGCAGGACCUGGACCUGGCGGCGGAGCGGGAGGCGGCGCUGCAGGCCCCGCACGUGCUCAGGCAGCCGCGCAGCCGCUACAAGGUGGUGGAGGCCGGCGCGUGGGACGAGGAGACCGCGGCCGAGAGCGUCGUGGAGGAGCUGCGGCCCUCCCAAGAAGCCGCAGGGAAAGAUGACAUGAACAGCUACAUCACUCAGUACUACAACGGGCCCAGCAGUGACAGCGGUGUCCCAGAACCAGCCGUGUGCGUGGUCACCACAGCUGCCAUCGACAUCCACCAGCCCAGCAUCUCCUCCGACCUCUUCUCAGUGGACAUGCCCCUGAAGCCGGGCAGCAACGGCACCUGCGCCAGCGCCACCUCCAAGAGCGCCUCCCGCUCCACCUGCAGCUCCGUCACCCGCGCCCAGAGCGGCAGCAGCCAGACGCUGGCCUCCUCCACGGACUGCAGCACCGCCCGCAAGGAGCCGUCCUCAGAGCCUGGCCUCUCUGCCCUGCCACCACUGCCACCACCCCCCGAGCAGCAGACGGCGGAGGCCGUGGUUCAGGACCUGCUCCCCUCCCUGUCGGAGGACCCCUGCCUGUCCCAGCAGGCCUUGGACCCAGCUCCCCUUACCCGGCCCAGCCCAGCGGGCUCGGCCCAAACUAGCCCCGAGCUGGAGCACAGGGUAAGUCUGUUCAACCCGCAGAACCAGGAGGGCUUCACCAUCUUUCAGAUCAAGCCUGUCAUCCACUUCCAGCCUGCUGCACCCAUGCUGGAGGAGAAGUUCAGAUCUUUGGAAUCCAAAGAGCCAAAGUUGCACAGAGUCCCCGAGGCCUAGAGCCUCCAGGCAGGCUGGGUGGGAGGAGGGAAGACCGCCAUCUCGAAGCUCUCCCAGGGGGCCCUGGAGGCCGCCAGAAGCCAUGCGUGGGGCCCAGGAGCCCGCCUGCUCCCCCUCAGGGUGCUGCCUACCUCCCGGGAGGUGACACCAGGCCAGGAGGCCACAUGCCUCAGACCUCACAGCCCAGAGCUGGGGUCUCCUCUUGCCCUGCUCAGGGGAGGGUGGUGCUCAUGGCUGGGUUUUUUUUUUUAACCAUUUCUACAAAAACCAAUCUGUGGCCCAGCUUCAGCAGGGUAGAGCGCGGGGGCCAGCUCGGUCUCUUCCGUUGCCUUUGUUCCUGAUGCCCCUGGGGACCCUCAGGAACAGCACUGUGAGCAGGGGCCACCGAGCCCCGCCCCCACGCCGGCUUUCCCAGGAAUGCUGGGUGGAGCCGCACAAUCACCCCGAGACCGUCACCUGAGCCUGUUUCGUUUGUCCUCAUUCUCUCAUUUCAGCAUGAGCGUUUCUGGGUAUUUUCAAGAUAAAUCUAGUUUUCACUUUUACAGGACAGAAAGUGA